CUCACUGUUAGUUACCCAAACCCUAAAACGACAAACAAACCCUAAAAAACAAGAGACGGCGGCCGGCACCGUGACCUUGAUGAUAAAGAAGGUCCAUCGCGGCAGAGGGAGGCCCCGGAAGAAUCCCCUUCCCGACUCCCUCGGUAUCAACAUCAUCAUCACCAAAAAGCAGCCUCCACCCGCCUCCAAAUUCGAUCCUCGUUCGUCGCCGCUGCUGCGGUGGCACAACAAGAGAUCGAGGACCCCUGCCGUCGCCAUCGAUGGAAGAAGGACGACACCUUCUUCUUCUUCUUCUUCCAAUCCUCCUCCUCUGCUUCGCUCUCCGAUGACGGCGUUUUGGGGUCCCAGUGCCUGACGGACUUCAACAUUCCGGGGGGCCGAUUCCAGAUCUGAUCGAUUUGAUGAGUGACGUGAGCAUGUGUCAGGAUUUCCUUAAGGAUACGGAAGAUCUUGAUUUCAGUUAAGGCUCUUCGUCGUCGUGCUCUGUAUGUAUGCGUUUUGAAUUUUUGUAGAGAGAGAAGGACAGAUAGAGAGAGAUAUUUUUGUAAAUUCCGACGGCCGGCGAAGAGAGUACAGGGAAUCCGUACAUAACCCCAUUCAUGAUAGAUUUUGUUAAGAUAUCAAAAUCGAAUUGACUUGGAAGAACCCUAGAAAGAAAAGAUUUUAUUCUUU